AUGUGCAGUUCAGAUACACAACAACAACCCAAUACGACAGUACCACCACCUCCUGUACAGCCUACAGCUCCAGCUCCAGCUGGACAACAGGCUAUUGAAGCAGAUGAAGCAGAUGCGCUUGAUGAUGAUUCUGCUUUCGGAGACGAUGCUUCAGAUGCGAGUUCGAGAACAUCGCUGAGUUCUGGCAUUGCGAGAUAUCGUAUAGAGAAUGGGAGACGAUAUCAUGCUUAUAAGGAGGGUAAUUACCUACUGCCAAAUGACGACGCAGAACAAGAUCGGCUCGAUCUCCAUCACCAUGUCUUCAACCUCGUAUCUGAAGGCAAGCUAUUUUACGCGCCGAUAGACAAUCCGUCGAGGGUAUUGGAUGCGGGAACAGGGACUGGAAUUUGGGCUAUGGACUUUGCAGAUCAAUACCCUGGAUCGUAUGUUUUGGGAACCGAUCUGUCGCCUAUACAACCUGGAUGGGUUCCACCAAACCUUGAGUUCGAAGUCGACGAUAUGGAAGACGACUGGAGACAUAAGCCAUUCUCAUACAUCCACCUAAGGUCUCUCGCUGGCUCACUCCAAGAUUGGCCGCGUCUACUUUUUCAAGCCUAUAGCAACCUUGAACCAGGAGGCUGGCUCGAAAUCGUAGAUUUCGAACUUUAUGCUAGAGACCAACGAGCUCCAGAUGCUGAGAAUCCAGGCUUGCCAGAUCUGAAGGAUGCGAAAUACAUGAACAUGUGGGUAGGUGGAUUGCACGAAGCUGCCGAGAAAAUUGGGAGGACGUUCAGGAGUGCGGAGCAUUGUAAGGCGUGGAUGGAAGAUGUAGGGUUUGAGAAGAUUGUGGAGCAGCAGAUUAAGGUCCCCUUAGCACCGUGGGCUAAGAACCGUCGCCAAAAAGAAAUAGGUCUCUACCAGCAGCAAGUCAUGCUGGAUGCCUCCUCUGCUUAUGGAGCAGCGCAUUUUACACGAGUGCUAGGCUGGUCGAGUGAUGAGUUUGAGGUGUUGAGUGCAGGGGUUAGACAUGAGCUGAAGGAUAAAACUAUGCAGCUUUAUUCAAACCUGUAUGUGAUUUAUGGCAGGAAAUCUGGGAAGAUAGAGGAUGAGGGUAGUGGAGGAGAGGAGUAG